AUGUCAGCCGGGACAGUGGUCAUCGCAGGAGGAAUUCUGGCUACAGUGAUCUUACUGACCAUCGUUGCUUACUACUGUUGUAAGAGGGAGGAGUCUGAGAAGGGGGAAGAGGAAGAACCAGAGCUCGCCUCUAUGUCUCCUUGUCCGCCCCUGGCUCUGUCCGCUCCCCCUACGCCUCCGACGCCGGAACACUUUAGCGACGUACCGGAAAACUACCCCCCUACCUUCCUUACUGAGGCCAAUGGUCCUGCCAGCUACUCCCCCACACAGCCACCGCACAGGUGCCAUCGCUCACAUGCCUUCUGCCCGACCUGCACCCGCUGCACCCUGCCCUUCUACCUGCAGCACCCGGAGAGGCUGUGCAACGGCGGUCGCAGGAUCAGCUACAGGACUGUGCAGCAGCAGGACCUUGAACUGCCCAUAGACUUGGCCAGGUUCUACCAGAACCUUAUUCGCUCGGUCACCAUGAAGGAGGUGGUCACCCAAAGCAUUAGCACUGAUGUCUAG